UUUUGAUCUGUCACAAUUUCAGAUUUUUCACUACUGAUCUAUAGCAUCUACUUUGUACUCUUAAUUUCAAUAAUUCAAUUAUCUUCCAGUAAAACUAAUUGUCUUCCAAUGUUUUUUUUUUAAUUUUUUUUUCAGAUUGAUGUAAACUUUAGGCACUUAGUUUCUAUGGAUGUAUAGUUUAGUUCAUAGAUUGUUUUGAGUUCUUCAAAUUUAUACUUUCUCAAAUUUUCAAGCAAAGUUUUAGAUUAUAAACGUUGAGCAUUAUGAAAACUUGGUGACGGUUCAGUUUAGUAGAAUCAAUAAGAAUACAGGGGCAACAUCAUAGAUGGUUUUUUUCUAUAGUGAAACUGAUCUGAAAUCUGAAGUGGGGUUUCUCUUUUUAUUUUCACACCCUCGGUUUCAACAACAAGACUUCAGAUUCUGGAGUUUAUUCUUUUUAUCACAUAAAAUUUUUCAAUUUUUGUUGGCAUCAUGGGGUUUAUUUUCCCCUUCUUCAUUUUGACCUGGGGCGUUGUUCAUGUUUCAUGUUGCUGGUCUGAGAGUUGGCUUCUUCUAUUUAGUUUGAUUGACUAUGGUUUAAUUUCUUUAGUAUUGAUAUUGGUAAGUACAUAAGGAACUUCUUAAUUGUUUCUUCAUUUUGUAUGAAAAUCCAUGGGCUGAAAGAAAAAAAAAAUCACUGGAUUAUGCAGUCAAAUUUUAGCUGUAAUUCACUGUAUUUCUGGACGGUAAAAGAUUUGCAUUUUAUCGAUGUUUGUUUGUAGAUGAGUGACACAGUGUUAUCAGUGUUUGUUUAAUUUGACUUCCAACGUUGUUUUAAAUCGACACAGUUCAUUAAAAAAAAAAAAACAAUUCCUCUUUUGGUAAGUUGACAAUGUCAAAUGUUUUUGGCUUUUAUUUUGAUUGAGUGUGCGAGGAAGCUUUCAACAGAAGAAGAGGUAUAUGUUUGAUUUGGAUUUCGUCUCAAAUUCAGUGUGUACCUGCUUCCUAUGUAACAUUUCAUUUCAGUGUCUAAAUGUUAUUCAUCAUUUCUAUGUAUCAUUUCAAUGUUGUUUUAGGUAAUCACAUUCAGUUUCUUUUCUAUCUUUUUUCACGUGGAACUUGAUUUUUAAUCGCUGCCUUAUCAAACAGGCUGUUAUUAAUUGUGGAGGACGUUGCGCAAGGAAUCUAAACAUAUAGAGUGCAGUUAUGCCUCCCAAGAGCAGGACAACAAGGAAAAGAAGCCUCUUAGAAGAUCACAGCUCAGUAAAUUUAUCCAAGAGCAGCACAACAAGAAAAAGAAGGCUCUUAGAUGGAGAUCCCAGCUCGGCAAAUUUAUAUCAUGCUGAGAGUCUGGCCGAAAGCUCAUCAAGACCAGGGGAUAUAUGUGUAAACUCAUGCAAUGAGACUGAAAGUACAAUAGUUGGAGGUUCAUCUUUUUUUGGUCAGGGGUUAUAUCAAAAGAGUAGACAAGGAAUGACUACGAAGUAUGAGGAUUUUGGUGACAAUGUUUUUGCAUGUAAUCAUUGUGGCGCACGUUUUUGGUUGAAAGAAGCAAACAAACAAAAGUCCAAAAAUGCACCCAUCAUCUAUACAAAUUGUUGUAAGAAAGGAGAAAUCAAAGUUCAGCAAUCAAACCCAAUACCGGCAUUUCUUGAACAUCUAUUGAAUCCAGAAAAUGGUCCAGAAAGCAGGCUUUUCAGAGAUAAUAUUAGAGUUUACAAUUCAAUGUUCUCUUUUACAUCAAUGGGAGCAACAAUUGAUCAUGGUGUAAACGUUGGAUCAGGUCCUUAUGUCUUCAAAAUAAAUGGUCAAGUACAUCAUUUAAUGGGUUCUAUGUUGCCUCCUGAUGGUGAAUGUCCUAAAUAUGCACAAUUAUACAUCUAUGAUACAAAAAAUGAGGUUGCAAAUCGUAUUAACGCUAUUGAUCCUUCUCAUAUCAAUGAAAAAAUAAAACCAGAUAUUGUACAAGGAUUGAUUAAGAUGUUUGAUGAAAUUAAUGAGUUGGUUAAAACUUAUCGAAUGAUCAGAGAUAAAUUUGAAGAUAAUUCUUUGCCUUCAUUCAAUAUGACUAUGCUUAGUCGCCAACUAACUGAUAGUAAACAAUAUGAGGAACCAACAAGUGAGGAAAUUAGCGGUUUAAUCGUUGGUGAUAUUGGAGAAUUCAAUUCAAAUAAAGAUAUAGUCAUUCAAUCAAACGACGGACAUUUAAAGCGGAUUUUCAAAAUACAUCCAAAGUACAUGUCAUUACAAUACCCAAUUCUUUUUCCAUAUGGUGAAGAUGGAUAUAAACCUGAUCUACGAAUGCAAGCAACUGCAACAAAUCGUGAAAAGAAAAGAGAUAAGAUAUCAAUGCGAAGUUUUAUUGCAUAUCAGAUUCAAGAUAGAAAUAACAAAACAAACACUUUAUUAAAAGGUGGACGACUGUUUCAGUAA